GAUGACAGCAUCAUCAUCAUCAUCAUCAUGACCUCAUUAAAAAUAUCGUCUGGAAUGAAAACAAGCUGUGAGCUUUUAAUGCUGAAAAAGAUUAUUUUUAAACGUAGCGAAAAAUCACAAAUAAAGUUAUAACUUACUAAAAUGAAUGUAAUUUGUAAGAUAUGAGGUUUUCACAGUGGUGAGUAUGAAGAUUUCUGUCUUCGAAUGUAAUUUAUUUGCAGUAAAGUGCACAGAAACUUGUCUACAGUAUGACGAGGUCUCAGCAGUGUUACCAAUCAUUCAACUAAAGUAUUCAAAUACAGACCUUAUUUUUUCCAAUUCCCUUCGUAUUUUUGUCUUUCAGAUUGACAAUGUGAUGUUCGAUGAAUGUAAAAACCCCUCCUAUUUGCAUACUUUCUUAACAUUAAACAAGAAAGCACCGUCUUAGAGCAUAAAACAGAUUAUAAUCAUAACGGAAAGUGUCGGCUGACUGUACAAGCAAAGUGACGAUCGUCCGGCGUAAAUUUUAGAUGACACGUAUAAUUUUCUAUUAACAUUUUAGCUGCUGCACAAACACCAAAAAGGCCAACAGCACGUUAAUUUAUCUACAGUGAACACACGUGGAAAAUCGUGAAAGUGUUUUCUGUUACACAUUCUGUUACAAGUCUUACAGCAAAUUCAGUCGUUUUGAAUUCUUCUAAAACUGGACUCGGUAAGAAUCCUCUAUUGCUGGAUUCAGAGGCGAUUCAUUACAUUACUUUUAUAAACAACGAACAGACAUCGAUAAUAAACUGUAACGUACAAAACUGUUAUUAACAUAAUUGAUAAUUUGCGAAGAAUGUGAAAUGAAUCUUAGUGUGGGGACCCUACAAUUCCCAUUAGUUUCUUCCUGCUUGUAGUGUAUGGAGAAUACCACAAGGCAGAAUGGGCCAGCACGAAUAUUUUGAAUUUGGUUUGACGUGGGAAAUAUGAGAAAUUCAAACGAUAUAAGAAGGAAAGUUGAAGGGAAGAGCCACUUCGGAGAUUCAGGUACAAUUGCGAGCUUGAUAUUCAAAUGGCUUUUAAAGAAACGUAUAUGACAACUUGGAUUCGUGUCGCUCAGGAUAAGGGGCAGUGGCAGGCUUUUGUAAAUUCGGUAAUGAAUCUUUUAUGAACAGCGAAAAAUUUAUUGACUAGCUAAGAGACAAAAAAGAAUAACUGACAAGCAUUUAUGUGGGACAGUGAGUGUAAUACACGAGACCUUGGGAGCACAGUAAGGCAGGCCAAAUCUUGUCAGCGAACUUGUUUCCCCUGGCAGUCUAUGACUGCAGCCCCCAGUUGAAACUGAUACGUCGGAGGAGCAAGAUUGUUGUAAAGAGCGGUCUCUUCUUUAACUGAUCAUUGACAUCACUUUUGUCAACAUCAUUUGUCUGAAAUUUAUUAGAGCAGUAGACUGUCGUGCUCUGUGCAUCAAAAUGAUACUAACAGUGAAACUUAACGACAAUCUCGAUUUCCCCAUCAUCGGACUCGGGACGUACAAUGCUGGUAAAGAAGGCGAGGUAGAGGAAGUAGUCAAACAUGCUAUCGACAUCGGGUACCGCCAUAUUGACGGAGCAUUGGUAUAUGAAAACGAAAAGGAGGUUGGAGCAGCAAUUAAGGCCAAGAUCGCGGAAGGCGUCAUAAUGAGAGAUGACAUAUUCGUCACUAGUAAGCUCUGGAACACUUAUCAUAAGCCCGAACUGGUAAUGCAAGGUAUAAAAAAGACGCUAUCAGACCUGGGUCUCGAGUAUUUGGACUUGUACCUCGUCCACUGGCCCUUCGCAUUUCAGGAAGGAGGAAGUCUGAUGCCAAAAGACGAAAACGACAAAUUCAUACCCAGCGAUGUGGACUAUUUGGACACCUGGAAAGUGAUGGAGGAGUGUGUGAAGCUGGGUCUUACGAAGAGUGUUGGUCUGUCCAACUUCAACAGCGAACAGAUACAGCGGGUUCUGGACGUUGCCACUAUUAAACCUGUCGUCAACCAGAUUGAGUGCCAUCCGUACCUGAACCAGAGCAAGUUGAUCGCUUUCUGUAAGGAGCGGGGAAUUGUGGUAACAGCCUACAGUCCCCUUGGAAGUCCCAACAGCAUCGCCAUGGCGGACACACCCGCGCCUCUUAAAGACCCUAAACUGCAAGAAAUUGCUAAGGAACAUGAAAAGACUGCUGCUCAGAUCAUUCUAAGAUAUCUGAUCCAACAUGGCACGGUACCAAUCCCAAAGUCUUCAAACAAGGAACGUCUUAAAGAAAACAUCGACAUCUUCAACUUCAAAUUGAGCCCGCAAGAGAUGGCCUCUAUUGAUGCGCUCGAUAGAAACGUUAGGGUUUGUACCUUUGCUGAGGAUCAUAAGCUGUAUCCAUUUAACAUUGAAUUCUGAAGAAACAGGUGAUUAAAAUGACAAUUUUGCAUCAGAAGUGGCAUUUUAGUUUGACACAUAUGUAACACUCAAGAUAAAUAAAAAACAUGUUGAAUAUAAGUAUAAAUACAUUUAAAUAUUAUGUAAUUGUAUGUUAUAAUUAUAAAUUAUAAUAUUCAAAUAUUUAUCUCAA